AAUGCAGCGGCCGGCCAGGCUGCUGCCGCGGCAGCGGCGGGCUCUUGUGAUGGCGCCGCUUGCACUGGCCCUCGUCUUCUGCUGGCUUCUUGGCGCCACCGGCCAGUCUUCUACCAACACGUAUGUCAUGUGCGCGCGUCAUUAUCUGUACUGCAGGAUGCUGAAGACGAUCGCUGCGACUUUGCAAUUCACAACAAGAAAUUGUCCGACGCCGCGCAUGCAUGCGCAGGGUCUUCACCAACAACGGCACAACCAUCAUUCUGGUGACCAACACGUUCAUACUGGCAGCCGGUCGGGCUGGAGCCGGCAUCAACACGGCCAUGGGCACGUUAAUGCUGGCCGCGACGAAGGGUGUGUACACUCUGCCCCCACAAGGACUUGUUACGCAGAUUGUCGAGGCUCAGAGCGGCAAGAGCACCCUCAGCGUCCCCCAAGCCCAGCUGAAGACCAUUGCUGGCGCCCCACCGCCGGGCGGCGCCGUGUCGGUUGACGCAGCCGUGCGCUCCGUGGGAGUGGUACCCACUACCACCGGCAACGACCCAAGCAGCUCGCUGCUGCUCCCCAUGGCGUUGAACUACUCCCUCCUGCUUGGACCAGGUGCCGUCAUGUAUCGCUCGACCUCGGAUGCGUCCUUCAUCCGAUUACCCAUGCUGAUCGGCCCCACAACCACGACCAAGGUUGCCCUUCCAGUGACCUCCUACACCAUCUUUGCAGUUGAGAAGGGCAAUGCUACCGUGGUGUGUGCACCCGGGUUUGUGGGCUGCGGCAAUGGCACGUGCUGCGCCUGCGACUUUGGUUCCUUUUCCCCGGGAGGCGACAACCCCUUUUUCGCCGGGCGCUGCACUCGCUGCGUGGAGGCGUACGGCGAGUCGGAGGCGUCCUCGCUGACCACGCUGACCAUGAUGUCCAGCGUUAAGGAAGAAUGCGUGACUGCGCCUGGUUACUACUGGCGACCCACGGCGGGUGCGGGCAGUUCCCUGCCUGCUGGCACAAGCUGCCCUGAGAAUUACUACUGCACUGGCAGCGUGCGGGCGGCCCAGGCUCAGCCACCCACACUCUGCACCAACGCCUACGUUGGUUCUGAGAUCAGCUCGCUACUGUCGCCACUUCGUAGCGACGAAAUGACGGAUUGCGUCACUGCUCCCGGCUACUUUUGGCGCAACCCUGCUGGCGGCGGCGCUGCGCCUGCUGGCACCACCUGCCCCGCGGAUCACUACUGCACCGGGCGUGUUCCCGCCGCCCAGGCCCAGCCGCCCACCCUGUGCACGGCCGCCUACUCGGGAUCCGAGACGGGGUCUCUGCAGUCGCCGCAGAGGAGUGAUGAGAUGGCGGAUUGCGUGACCAGUCCCGGGUACUUCUGGCGAGACCCUGGCGGCGGCGCUCUUCCUGUGGGCACCACCUGCCCUGCACGCAGCUUCUGCACUGGCCGGGUGCCAGCGGCCCAAGCAGCGCCGCCGACACUAUGCACGGACGCGUACGGAGGCUCGGAGGUCGACUCGCUGGACUCUCCAGCACGUAGCGAUGAGAUGGCCGACUGCGUGACCACUCCUGGCUACUUCUGGAGGGACCCUGGCAACGGCGCCUCUCUAGCCGGGACCACAUGCCCAGCCGAUCACUUCUGCACCGGGCGUGUGCCUGCCAGCGGUGCGCAGGCACCCACACUCUGCACCAACGCCUACGUUGGCUCUGAGAUCAGCUCGCUACUGUCGCCACUUCGUAGCGACGAAAUGACCGAUUGCGUCACUGCUCCCGGCUACUUUUGGCGCAACCCUGGCGGCGGCGCUGCGCCUGCUGGCACCACCUGCCCCGCGGAUCACUACUGCACCGGGCGUGUUCCCGCGGCCCAGGCCCAGCCGCCCACCCUGUGCACGGACGGCUACUCCGGAUCCGAGACGGGGUCUCUGCAGUCGCCGCAGAAGAGUGAUGAGAUGGUAGAUUGCGUGACCAGUCCCGGGUACUUCUGGCGAGACCCUGGCGGCGGCGCUCUUCCUGUGGGCACCACCUGCCCUGCACGCAGCUUCUGCACUGGCCGGGUGCCAGCGGCCCAAGCAGCGCCGCCGACACUAUGCACGGACGCGUACGGAGGCUCGGAGGUCGACUCGCUGGACUCUCCAGCACGUAGCGAUGAGAUGGCCGACUGCGUCACCUUCCCUGGCUUUUUCUGGAAGUUGCCAACCGUGGCUGGCGCGCUGCCAGCUGGCAUCAGCUGUCCGACCGACAAUUACUGCACUGGCCGGGUCCCGGCUGCGCAAGCGGAGGAGCCCAUUCUAUGCACGGCCGCCUACGCGGGCUCGGAGUUGCUGUCGCUGCAGUCCCCGGCUCAGAGCGACGAAAAGACGGACUGCGUGACCACUCCUGGCUACUUCUGGAGGGACCCUGGCAACGGCGCCUCUCUAGCCGGGACCACAUGCCCAGCCGACCACUUCUGCACCGGGCGUGUGCCUGCCAGCGGUGCGCAGGCACCCACACUCUGCACCAGCGCCUACGUUGGUUCUGAGAUCAGCUCGCUCCAGUCACCAGCCCGAAGCGAUGAACAGACCGAUUGUGUUACCACGCGCGGGUACUACUGGCAAACGGUGGCCACCGAAGCGGGCCGUGCGGGGAUGAGCUGUCCCGCAGACAGCUUCUGCCGCGGCCUUGUUCCCGCGGCACAGUCAGAACAGCCGACGCUCUGCACCAACUUCUACACAGACUCGGAGCCCUCAUCGCUCACGUCGCCCGUGCGCAGUUUCACCGAAGAUUCAUGCGUGGCCGCCCCGGGAUACUACUGGGAGUCGACUCGCCACGCAGCGGGCCAUGCCGGCACCAGCUGCCCAGCCAACAACUACUGCCUGGGGCAGGUCCGCGCGGCCAUGGCUGUGCGCCCGCGGCUGUGCACGGCGGCUUACACGAGCUCCGUAAGCGGCUCGCUGCAGUCUCCUGUGCGCAGCUCGCGGAUGGAGGAUUGCGUCACCUCGCCUGGGUACUACUGGCGGACGACCCUCCUGGCAGCCCGUUUCGCAGGCGCCUCGUGUCCGGCAAACUUCUUCUGCACAGGCCGCGUGCCCACGUCCGCUGCCGAGGCGCCCGUGGCCUGCACACAGGCCUACGGGGGCUCAGAGGCAGGCUCCCUGGUUUCGCCCCUGCGUAGCGACAAGCAAGACGAUUGCGUAACUGCGGCUGGCUCGUAUUGGUACGAUGCCGGCGGCCAGGAGUCCCCGCAGGAAACUCUUCCUGGGUUCUACUUCGAGAUGUCAAGUGGGCGUGCGGUGGUUCGCAGCUGCCCCUCUGGCUCCUUCUGCACCGGCCAAGCCACGGCCGCCGACUUCCAGCUGCCCACGCUCUGCACGGACCACUUUGCUGCAUCCCCAGCGGGUUCCAUGUUCUCACCGGAGCGCUCCUCAAGCGAUGGCCAGUGCGAUUGCAUGCCGGGGUAUGCCUUCAAGGACAACGGAUGCGUCCCUUGCCUCCCCGGGACCUAUGCCACUGGUGGCAGGCCCGCCGAGUGCGCCCUUUGCGACCGCGACUCCUACGCGCCAACCCCCGGAUCCUCCAGCUGCGUUUCAUGCCCCCCAGGCACCUUCUCGUCCUGGUCCGGCGCACUAUGCGUUACCAAGGAGUGGCAGGUGUACGGCAUGGGAGACAAGUUCUUCCCAGCCACAGUUGGAAGCGAUGGCCGGGUCUACUGCAUGACCCCGCCUUUGAAUUCCGAUUCAAAGUGCUGGACUUCGGACUCGGCAGACGACGCUAUGGAAAGGACUCUGAACCCCUGGUCUGGCUCCUUUGGUGCUUUGGCGCCCCUCGUCCAGGACUUCACAUACACGGGCAUGCGCAACUGCGAGAAUGGCAAAUGCGACAGCGUGAUUGGAGAUCCCGUCUACAUGUUUAACCAGAACGGCUACCUCUCCGCUCAAGACGUCAACCCAAAGUGUGCCAGGUACUCGGACGCAUGGGAGGAGUGGUACAUAGAGGUUCUGGAUGUGGAGCAGUCCAAGGUGGCAAUUAAGAGCAAGCGCAAGAACCAGUACCUGUCGGCUGGUGUGGUGUACUUUUUUGGAGCGAAACCGGGUACCGUCGAGUACCGUGACCGAGUAGACGAGUGGGAAACCUUCACUCUCGAGAUUAGCGAGAACGGCAACAAGCGGUUCAGGACGUCAAUCGGCAACUACCUAUGCACCAACACGCUGGGCUUCAUCGAGGUGGACUGCGGCAAGGAGUACAGCGAUUCGGACAACAACGAGUGGACACUUUGGCACGUCGGCACUCCCGGAUCUCCUCAGGGCAUCGGUGUCGACGGCGUGAGGACGAUUGUGGACUGGGUCAUUGGCAUCGUGACGCUUCCUCUGGGCCCCCUGGCCUCUGCGGUUGUGUCUGCGGGAGAGAUCCUGGCUAACGUCAUCUAUGAUGUCUUGGACGAACAACGUCUGCAGCAGAUCGCGGAAACGACACAGCCCUGGUCUCGACUGGCUGGCAUUGAUGACAGCUUGGGGUCCGCGCCUGAGGGCACGCUUCUGGGCGACAUUGCGGCACUGGGCAACACGCCCGCCUUCCGCCGCCGCCGCGAACUGCUGGCACUCCCUGCCGCCGCCGCCUCCGGCAGUGGCGUUGAAAGCGUUGAAACCACCAGCAGCAGCAGCAACAGCAACGGCAGCAACAGCAACGACAGCACCGCCCUCGUAAGCAUCAGCUCACUAGCAGAUGAGGAUGACGGCUAUGGCACGGGCGACCGGCGACAGCUCUUCCGCUUGCCGGGCACGCUCUUGUAUCGGGGCAUGAAGUCUGUAGCCAGUUCGGGCUUACGACGUGUGUCUAGCACCCUGAGCCGCGAGUCUCUGGAAGCACUCGUGCCUAGGGCUACUAGAGCCGCGCGCUCGCUGGUCACUCGUGGGAUCCAGUUCUUUGACGAACUGUCCGGUGCUGCAAAGCUCGCAGUGGGCUUCACUCCUCUCAUCAUAGUUGGAGUCGCCGUCGUGUUCAACGCCCCACGCCAGGCGCCGCCCCCAGGCAUACCCACCAUCAACACCAUCUUUGCGGGCGACGGCUACAUGGAUGUGUACUACACGCCCGCGGGGGUGUCGGGCGCCACCCCUGCCGCCUCCUUCACCGCCUACCUCUCCCUGUACAGCUGCGCGGGCGGCUCCUGCAGCUGGCAGCCCCCGUUCAAGGCGGCCACAGGCAGCGGCCUGGGCCAGCAAUGCCUGGCCGCCGGUAGCAGCUGGAAGCAAGCCAAUCAGGUCAUCUACCAGGACGUCUCAGCGGGCCUGCAGUCCUGCCUCCGCAUCUCCUCCCAGACUACGGGGAGUCUGUACAAGGUUUACCUGACCGCUUCUUCCAGUGACAUGCGGGAGUCGGGAGCAUCUGAUGCGGUGUCAGUAAACGUGCCGUCCAGCGACGGAUAUUACACAGGCACGGAGGUGUGCCCAAUCGUGCCCAGUUCGGGCGGCGGCACGCGCCGCCUGCUGUCUCACGGCAACUUGAGGGACCCCAAUGGCGUGAACGGCGAAAUCUGGAACAUCCUCGUGAAUUUCCUGAACAGAGUGAACGGAUAUGCCACGCGAGAGCAGCUGCAACAACAGGUCAACGCCGUUCAGGCCCAGCGCAGAGCGGCCAGCAUGAACGAGGGGGGUGCACUCGACUGGGUGGUGUUCCGUGACUCAGGCUACAUCACCACCAACAACCUGUACCAGUUUGUGUACGGCACGGGCAGCAACAGCCUGUACGCGUUCCGCUGCCGCGACUACUUCGCAAGUUGGGGCACGUUUGGUCCGAGCGUUGUUCCCCCGCGCUUCCCCACGGACGACCUGGGCGGUGUCAACCAGCCCGCCAACAACGAAACCAGCCGUCUCAACUGGCUGCGCACUGCGCCUUCCACAGCACUGCGCGUGGCCGAGCGGUUCACGUGGACACGGAACAACUUGCGCAUCACGUCCUCCGCCGACACAAACCCGCGCUUCCGCCACGGCCCUCUGCUGACCUCCAUUCUGUCGAGGUCCACCGAGGAUCGCCGCCGCAUCCUGGUGACCCUCCGCCGCCUGGAGUUGUGGCGCUCGUCGAUGGUCAUUUUCUGGAACGUGCAAGGGAACGUGCCCAACCCCGUGUACGGAGAAUACGAUCACUGGCGCAUCAACAUGCUGGUGCGCGCUGCCAUUGAGGUGGUCAGCUGGAGCCUGGGCCUGGACCCCGAUGACCUCCGACCCAUUCAGCUUUAGUUCGCGCAAUGAAGCAGUCCUACUUUCGUACGUAGCAAGCGCAGCGUACGGGAGUAUUUCCAUCUGUGCCAUGUGUACGGCUUGCAUUAAUACUCUUGUAUUGCCUCGCUUUCUUAGCUGACGAUGCCUGUUGUGGGUUUUGUUCCAUCCAACCAGGGCCGCCAUACUAUUUUGUACAUAUUAACUCUGCUUGGAUACACAAGGAUGCAGGUGGAUUAAUUGAGUUAUAGAUCAAGGAUGCCCCUGUGAGUAGGGCGUUUGCUAAGUACAGCAGGAUGGUAUGCGUCGAACGGGUUUAUGCACUUUGGGUAAGUUAUCAGAACAUUGCGUGGAACCACGCCCGCCAACUGUUGCACGGCACCACCGGCCCCCUGCGGUACACGACUACUUCACGGCGGCACGAGCCCACUUGGCGCACCAUCGCCAGUCACAGUUCGGGCACGCGGCUGUAGCAGGUGUUGCACUGUAUGUCCUGCGAGUGGCAUACCGCCUGGCGCCGCAGGAACUUGCUUUUUCAUGAGAGUGAGGGGAAGUGAAAGUAGGUUAUGCGGGGCGGGGCGUGCUGUAUUUGCUGUAAGCGCUGCCAGUGCUGCAUGCGCAGUGGGCAGUGCGGUGGACACGCGGGCGAUCCCAGUGGUGCAGGCAUCCGACGACGCGACGCUUUAGAUGGUUAUUAUUUCUCGGUUGUUAAUUCUGCACGGCAUGGCGUGAGCGUCUAGAGACUGUGACUGCUGGGUGCGGACGUACGGUUGGCCAAGGAGGCGCGGCAGAGCGUCAAUUCGCCAAGAAGACGCCGCCGUAGCGGUGCGUUGAAUACCGGCAGUGAUGAUGUCGUGACCUGGCGUGUGAGCGUGCGUGUCGUGUCACUCCGACCAUGGGGUCCGGUCUUUUCCCUUUACUUUUUACAUUAGCAUGCGGACAAGACAAUACGUUUUACGUCCAGCAUUUAUUGGAGCUGCGCCUGCAUGCGUGUUGCAGCGCAUAUGAUGGUUAUGCGUAAUAUGAAACCUGAAGGCGUUCAGAAUUGGGGCCGUUCUAGGGAAGAGUCUAGAACCUGCCACGUGUCCAGCGAUGGGCCGCUGCAUGGAGUGCAGUACGCUCGGCGAAAUAGUCCUAAUUGGCCGGCAGCCAGGAAGAUAGGUGACCUGUGCAUUAGCCCGGUUAAGGUCUUGCUAUCGUUAGCCGGGUCGGCACCGGCUUAAGGCAUUUGCCUACAACAAUGGCGGCAUGUAACGAGCAUGCACU